CUCCGUCACUUAGCACAAUCUCUUUUAUUCUUCUUCAUGGAUCCUUUAGCGUGGCCGUGGAGCAUCGACGACGCAGACAGCGCCGCCCCGUCGGUGGAGAUACCUGGGUGGGCAGUCGUCGAAACAGGCAGCGCUAUUCUUCGCAUGAAGGCGCGGGUGGUGGUACGGCCCUCGGGGGGUGACCUAGACAUGAUGCCGCCCCAAUUUAUCAUCUCGCACUUUCGCCGCCGGAGGAGUUCUUCUUCCGACGUCGACGUCGACGACGCCGCCGAGGACGCCCAUGUCACCUUUCGCCAGCCCUUCUACUACAUCAACUUCCAGCCGGCCGCCUGGAGGGAGCAGACGCAGCGGAUGUUCUCUGACGUCGCUGCGAAUCGCGUGCGCCCCGACGACCUCUACCAUCUCGUUCAAGGUUUCCACUGGUACACCUACUCUGUGGUCCGCCGAUUUCCGAUCGCGGAGUUAGUCUCUCUGGAGUUCUUCUCCGUCGUUGAAAUCCCCGUCACUCCUUCCGCUUCUGCCAGCGAAUUACAUCGCUUCAGGUUUUCUCCGGAGACCAACGAAUAUUUGUUCGGGAGCGACGACGACGAUGACGUCGAUGGCUACAUCGUCCAGUCUCUCAGAUUCCUCAGAGCCCGCAGAGGGCCGAGGCCGGCGUCCGCAGCGGCGGUGGAGGGGCUCCAGAUGGUAACUGCAGGAGAAGGUAUCUCGUGUCCCAUCUGCCUCGAUGACUUGGAGGUGAUGAGUCAGGUCUUGGCGAUGCCUUGCAGCCAUCCGUUUCACGAAGGGUGUCUGAGGGAAUGGCUGAAGCGGAGCAAUUCUUGCCCCGUCUGUAGAUUCUCACUUCCGGCAGCCGCCGAGUAGCGUCUGUCUGGCAAUCUAUUGCAAUUCAGGAAAGAAAUUUCUCAGUCCAUGUAUUCAUUGGUUUAAUUUGAUGAUGAUCAUCCCUAUUAGUUAUGUUCUGCUUUAGAUUACUUACUAUAUAACUGCAACUGCUCCUAGAUUGUUGACGCUCCUCUUGUUUUUUAAAAGGUAAUUAUCAUGAUUUUGAAAUGUAUGCAGGAGGAAGUUGGUGAGCUCACUGCAUAAACAUUAUGUGGAUGCUUAUGUAGUGAAGUUUGUCACCGUUUUGUUUCUUUAAGCAAUGUUUUCCAUCUCAUUUUUUUUAUUGUAUAAAUUGCAGAUUAAAUGUAAAUAUGCUAGAUUGGUUGUGUUCUUCUAGUCUAUCUAUCUAUUUCUAGCUAUCUUAAGUUGAGUUGAAUUAUCGUUGACUUUAAUUUGCUAUGUCAAUUGACAAUUAAAAGAUCAUAGGAGUAUUCAUCAACUGCUCUAUGAAACACUUCUUUAAACCAUAGAAAUUUUCCAUUUUUCUGCCAUUUACCACAUAUUGUUACAAAUUAGUGUUAUUCUACUAUAAGAAAUGAAGGCUGACAGUGUUAUCUGUAUAUUUACGACCCUUCUUGAGGCCCUUAGGUUGGUUUUCUGAGAAAUAGGUGACUUAUGAGACACUAACUGUUCAUUUUGUCUUUUCCAUGAUAUUCUUUCAAGAUAUGGUUGACAAGGAGUUUUUGUCAAAAGAACAGCUUUUCAUGGUUCUCUGUCUCUUUUGUUGAUGUAAUUUUGCAGUAUGUUGAUAAAGAGUUUGGAACUGGAGUCUUGAAGAUUAGUCCUGGACAUGACCACAAUGAUUAUCAUAUUGCUAGAAAGCUUGGCUUACCAAUACUCAAUGUUAUGAACAAAGAUGGUACUUUGAAUGAGGUCGCUGGGAUAUACUGUGGAUUAGACAGAUUUGAGGCUCGAAAGAAGGUUUGGUCUGAUCUGGAAGAGACUGAUCUGGCAGUAAAAAAGGAACCUCAUGUAUUACGAGUUCCCAGAUCGCAGUGUGGUGGUGAAGUAAUAGAGCCACUUGUGAGUAAGCAGUGGUUUGUCACUAUGGAGCCAUUGGCUGAGAAAGCCCUUCAUGCUGUUGAAAAUGGAGAAUUGACCAUUCUUCCUGAGAGAUUUGAGAAGACAUAUAAACACUGGCUGACAAAUAUCAAAGACUGGUGUAUAAGUAGACAGUUAUGGUGGGGACAUCGAAUUCCAGUUUGGUACGUUGUUGGCAAAGAUAAUGAAGAGGAUUAUAUUGUUGCUAGAAAUGCCGAAGAGGCUCUUGUUAAAGCCCAUGCCAAAUAUGGAAAAUCGGUGGAAAUAUAUCAAGAUCCUGAUGUCCUUGAUACCUGGUUUUCAAGUGGCUUAUGGCCUUUUAGGACCCUGGGCUGGCCAGACAAGAAUGCUGAGGAUUUCAAGCAAUUUUAUCCCACGACCAUCCUGGAGACUAGACAUGACAUUUUGUUCUUUUGGGUAGCUCGGAUGGUAUGAUGGGGAUAGAGUUUA